AGGUUUAGCAGGCUAGGAGGAGGAGGAGAACAAUAGUGGGGGCUCGCGCAGAGCUGUCAUUUGACAUUCAUAUCCUCCAUCCAGCGAGGAAUUAACUCCUUCGCACCCGUUCAAUAUUCCUCUCCUUAUUUUUAUUAUUAACAAUAAAUCCCCCCCUUCUCGAUCUCUCUUUAUUAUUCUCUUAUUAGUUUCUCCCCUUUUUCCACAGAACCUAUAGCCCCAAAAAGAUCAGCCCAGGACAUGGAAUCAGAGACCACCAAAGAAGAGGAAGAGAAACGAAUCCGUAGGAAGAUAAUAAUACGACAAUUCAGCGAAGACCCAUCUCUCCUUUUGAUGAUGCGUAGAACCCAAUAAUACAUAUAUACCCAUCCCCCUCUCUCUCUCUCUACCUCUCUCUUCUAUUCUUGUCCUUGUCCUUGUUCUUGUUGUUGUUGUUGUUGUUGUUGUUCAUCUUGUGAUUUUAGAUUUUAGCCGUACGUAGUUGGUGUUCCGAUCGCAUGGCUUCGUCGUCGUCGUCGUCGUCGUCUCCCUCGGCCGCCCCGCAAUUCCGGUCGAGGUUCGGCGACACGACGCGGACGAAGGUGUUCGUCGGGGGCCUGGCGUGGGAGAUCACCAGCGCCGAGCUGCACCGCCACUUCGCGCAGUUCGGCGACAUCCUCGAGGCCGUCGUCAUCGCCGACCGCAGCACCGGCCGAUCCAAGGGCUACGGCUUUGUCACGUUUCGCGAGCCGGAUUCUGCGAGCAGGGCCGUGGCGGAGCCGAACCCGAUGAUCGGCAGCAGGCGAGCUAACUGCAACAUCGCCGCGCAGCGCCGGCCGCGGCCUGCUGCUCCUCCUCCUCCUCCUCCUCCUCCUCUUCCACCAGGAAUGAAUCAAAGUGGGGGCGUUUUUGAGGGCUCAACAGGGCCACGAUUUAACAGAGUACCAGCCCAAAUGCCUCUUCCCCCACUAAUAUACCCUCCGAAUAUGGGGUAUCCUACCUAUCCAACUGAUUAUGCUUAUCACCAUGCUCUGAUCUACACUGGUCCGCAAAUUAACCAGCAAUAUUAUCAGCAGAUCUUGGGGGUCUAUGGACCGGGUUCACCACCGACUCUCGGUCCACAACCAUUCCCUUACACAUACGUGGCGAGUCCACGGGGUAGUUUUCAUUCCCCACUCGGUGGACUGCGUGCCCGUACACCCAUAUCCGACGGCCCAGAUGGAUGGGUCCUUCGAGCGCUCCUUUUCGCCGCCGCAUAUUUCCAACUCCAACUUCCACCACGUGCACGGCAAAAUGCCAAUACAACUGUACUUCACUUCCACUUUGGACUCCGUUGCUUUCAUUAUAUUCACAAGCCUCUCAAUCUCCCUCUACAGCUGGAGCAAACGUCGAGAAUAAUCCUGAUACUUGAAGGCUUCUGGACGACCUAUUUUUUAAACAAUCACCUUCAUUAAUCACAUAUUUUCAUUAAUGAUCCUCAAGUAUUGUAGGGUGAUUAAAUCUUAAUAAGUGACUUAAUUGCGAGAAGAUCCUAUUGCCUAUGAUAGAAGGGCCCUAAGAUAUACAGUUACACACACUAAUUUACGGAUAAAACAUAUUUUUUUUUCUUAAUUGCUUUUUAUUCUUUAAUUUCUUUCUUUCUUUUUUUGAAUUUCUCUUGCUCAAAGGCAUCUCCAUUGACCGUGUCCAUUGUACAACUGUUAAGUGUAACGCUAAAUUUAUAAAACGUGUCAAAUUUAAGUUUACAAUUAUAUGAUGUACAAUAAUUGAAUACUGAUGUUGAUGACAUUUUUUUGCCUAUUUUUGUUGAAUAGUCAUUGAGGUGUAGAACUAUUUGCUUCUAUGCAAGGAAGUUUCCAGAAUUGAUGA